CUCUAAGUUGUUAAUAUAAUGAAAACAAAAAUGACAAAUUAAUAGAAGAAGAAGAAGAAGAAAUAAUGAAGGCUAUUGUAAUAACAAGAGCAGGUGGACCUGAAGUGCUACAGCUCCAAGAGGUGGAAGAUCCUCAACUCAAAGACCAUGAAGUUCUCAUUCGAGUCUAUGCCACUGCCCUCAACGGAGCCGAUACCUUUCAGAGGAAAGGCUCUUACCCUUCCCCUAUAGGUGCUAGCCCUUACCCAGGUCUUGAAUGUUCUGGAACUAUUGUAUCUGUUGGCAAAAACGUUUCCAAGUGGAAAGUUGGCGAUCAGGUAUGUGCUCUGCUAGCUGGAGGUGGAUAUGCUGAGAAAGUAGCUGUUCCUGAGGGACAAGUUCUUCCAGUCCCACCAGGGAUUUCUCUGAAGGAUGCUGCUAGUUUUCCUGAGGUUGCAUGUACUGUAUGGUCAACUAUUUUUAUGAUGAGCCGGCUAUCAAAGGGUGAAACCUUGUUGAUUCAUGGAGGUUCAAGUGGAAUUGGUACAUUUGCAAUUCAGAUAGCUAAGUAUCGAGGAUCAAGAGUAUUUGUUACUGCAGGUAGUGAGGAGAAACUAGCUUUUUGCAAGAGUAUUGGAGCUGAUGUUGGUAUCAAUUACAAAACCGAGGACUUUGUUGCAAGGGUAAAGGAAGAAACUGCUGGUCAAGGUGUCGAUGUUAUUCUUGAUGUUAUGGGUGCAUCCUACCAUCAAAGAAAUCUUGAUAGCUUAAACUUUGAUGGAAGGCUUUUUAUUAUCGGCAUUCAAGGUGGUGUUUCUACCGAGGUAGAUCUUCGUGCUUUACUUGGCAAGCGUCUCACCGUACAAGGUGCAGGCUUGCGUAGUAGAAGUCCUGAAAAUAAAACUGUGAUAGUUAAUGAAGUGGCGAAGAAUGUUUGGCCUGCAAUUGCGGAAGGAAAGGUUAAGCCUGUGGUCUACAAAUCUUUCCCUCUUUCUGAAGCUGCGGAGGCUCACCGGCUUAUGGAAAGCAGUCAGCAUAUUGGGAAGAUAUUGCUUCUUCCAUGAAGACCGCGGUAAAUACUCGAAGUAUGCGACGCAAUGUACUGUGUGGAUCAUGUGAGUUUGAACUAUUGUGUGUUGUGAACUCAGCAUUAAAUAAAGUUGGACUUAUUUUCUUUCUUUUAUUGGAAGAAGCUCAUUUCAUUUCACUGGCAAUUACAUCCACAAUACAUGAAGGAAUACAGCUCGGUUUAACGAAAAUGUAGUUGCCUUUGUUAAUGCAUGAGCAACCAUAUUAGUUUGUUACCCACAAACUCAGAAAAAUGUGGUUUAUUAUCAUAUAUGGCCUUACAAUCUUUGACAAGAUAUAUGAAAUUCCAAAAUUGUUCAGCAA